AUGGCCCCCAAGGCCGACCCCAGCGACCCCGAAACUAUCACCCGUUUCCUCUGCUUGCGUGGUGGCGCCCCCGAUGAACUCCAAGCCCUCUCACUACAGGAAUUCAACAAACUUGUGAUGGCCGCACGCGAGAGAUUGACCGUGCAUCAGUGGUACCAGUUCUUGAAGGAUAACCACACGAGCAUUCUCUUUCGACCCGCGCAGAUGCAGGUCGUCGCAAAUCACCAGGGCUAUCCCAUUACCGAUGUCGUUCCGCAUCACUAUUUCACUCUCCGGGAGACUAUGGACCUUGGAAAGUGCAUCACUAUCGGCACAGCACAUGGAGCCGUCAAUCAUCCUCCUGCAAUCAUCGCGCCAGGAUCAGGCGUCAUACCUAAGACGUAUCAUCCAACUCGCAUGAUAGUGGACUGCCUCUGCCCAACCUGCCGGAAUCUCAGCGUGCUGGAAUUUAUGUGUUACGGCUGCGCCAGCGUAGCGUACUGCUCAAUCGCCUGCCAGAGGGCAGACUUGGCAAGACACCAGGGUGUAUGCGAGCAGAUUGUGGCGUUGGUUGGCGGUGUGUCGAGUACUCCGACGGAUCUUGAGAUUUGA